GAAAGGUCGUUAAGCUUCCUGACCCGUACUUGCAUUUGCAGCUGAAAGAGAAGUUUAGAAAGGGCUCUUGGCAGCAGGACUUGAGAGGCAGCCCUGCUCCAAACCAGAGUUAAGGGAAAAGAACUGGAUGAGAUCAAGACCAAGACUGAGCCAGCAUGGCGUCCGUGUUUCGGAGUGAGGAGAUGUGCUUGUCACAGCUGUUUCUGCAGGCAGAAGCUGCAUACUGUUGUGUAGCAGAACUUGGGGAACUGGGAUUGGUUCAAUUUAAAGAUCUAAAUGCAAACGUGAACAGCUUCCAACGAAAAUUUGUGAAUGAAGUCCGAAGGUGUGAGUCCUUGGAGAGAAUCCUCAGCUUUCUGGAAGAUGAGAUGAAAGAGGAGAUUGAGAUCCAAAUACUGGAGAAAUCCCCGCAGACACCUCUGCCUAGGGAAAUGAUUGACCUUGAGAUUGUUCUGGAGAAGCUGGAGGGGGAGCUGCAAGAAGCCAACCAGAACCAACAGGCUCUAAGAACCAACUUCUUGCAACUGACAGAGCUCAAAUAUCUCCUGAAGAAAGCUCAAGACUUCUUUGAGACUGAAAACAGCUUAACUGAUGAUUUCUUUAGUGAAGACACCUCUGGCCUCUUGGAGAUGAAGAAUGUCCCUUCAGCAAUGGCUGGGAAACUGGGGUUCACGGCUGGUGUCAUAACCAGGGAGAGAAUGGCUCCCUUUGAGCGUUUACUGUGGCGCGUUUGCCGAGGAAACGUCUAUCUGAAGUAUACUGAGAUGGACACCCUGCUCGAGGAUCCCGUCACGAAAGAAGAGCUAAAAAAGAACAUAUUCAUCAUAUUUUAUCAAGGGGACCAACUCAAAAAGAAAGUCAGCAAGAUUUGCGAGGGGUUUAGGGCUACUGUUUAUCCCUGCCCUGAAGUGGCUGCUGAGCGAAGAGAGAUGCUGGCCAAUGUCAAUGUGAGGCUGGAGGAUUUAAAUACUGUCAUAACCCAAACCGAAUCGCAUCGUCAGCAACUGCUGCAGGAAGUGGCCGCCAACUGGUACUCAUGGAGCAUCAAAGUCCAGAAAAUGAAGGCCAUAUACCACGUCCUCAAUUGCUGCAACAUUGAUGUCACCCAGCAGUGUAUCAUUGCUGAGAUCUGGUUCCCAGUGGCAGACACUGUAGCCAUCAAGACGGCAUUACAGCAAGGAGUUGAAAGAAGUGGCUCACCCAUUGUCCCCAUUAUGACAACAAUGGAAACGAAAUCAACUCCUCCUACCUUUAAUAGAUGUAAUAAAUUCACUGCUGGCUUCCAGAACAUUGUGGAUGCAUAUGGAGUAGGGAACUACCGUGAGAUGAAUCCAACCCCCUACACCAUUAUUACUUUCCCCUUCCUGUUUGCUGUGAUGUUUGGAGACUGUGGUCACGGAGCUAUCAUGCUGAUUUUGGCCCUUUGGAUGGUCUUGAAUGAAAAAAGUUUGCUUGCCCAGAAGAACACCAAUGAGAUCUGGGAUACCUUUUUCAGUGGACGAUAUUUGAUCCUAUUAAUGGGUUUAUUCUCUGUCUACACUGGCUUCAUAUACAAUGACUGUUUCUCCAAGGCUCUCAACAUCUUUGGCUCCUCCUGGAGUGUCCGGCCCAUGUUUGCAAAUAACACAUGGAAUACUCAAGUGAUGGAAACCAGUUCAGCUUUGCAGCUGGAUCCGGCAAUCCCAGGAGUAUUCUCUGGAAAUCCGUACCCAUUUGGUAUUGACCCGGUCUGGAAUAUUGCUUCAAACAAACUCACAUUUUUGAACUCCUAUAAAAUGAAGAUGUCUGUCAUCUUGGGUAUCAUCCAGAUGAUUUUUGGGGUGAUUCUUAGCCUUUUCAACCACAUAUAUUUCAAGAAAACUAUAAAUAUCGUCCUACAAUUCAUUCCAGAGAUGAUCUUUAUCCUUUGUCUGUUUGGCUACCUCGUUUUCAUGAUCAUUUUUAAAUGGUGCCAGUAUGAUGCCCACACAUCCCAGAGUGCCCCGAGCAUCCUCAUCCAUUUCAUCAACAUGUUCCUGUUCAGUUAUGAUGACCCAACCAAUAAGCCCUUGUAUGCACAUCAGCGAGAAGUCCAGAGCUUCCUGGUUAUUUUCGCUUUGAUUGCUGUGCCAUGGAUGCUCCUGAUUAAGCCUUUUAUUCUUAGAUCAAGACAUCGGAAAUCUCAGGCCCUUCUUACCAAUCAGGAUGCCACAGUAGAAGCGGGGGUGGGUGGGUCCAGUCAUCCUAAGAGUACUGCCAAGGGGAAUUCUGCUGGUGCCCACGGGGGACAUGAUGACGAAGAAGAGUUCAAUUUUGGAGACAUCUUUGUCCACCAAGCUAUCCACACCAUUGAGUACUGCCUGGGUUGCAUUUCCAACACGGCGUCUUAUCUUCGGCUCUGGGCUCUGAGCCUGGCUCAUUCACAAUUGUCAGAAGUGCUCUGGACCAUGGUGAUGAACAUUGGCCUCCGCCAGAAAAGUUGGGGAGGCCUCAUUGGAGUCUUCAUCAUUUUUGCCUUCUUUGCGAUUCUGACUGUAGCUAUCCUUCUGAUCAUGGAAGGUCUCUCAGCUUUCCUGCAUGCACUUCGACUUCAUUGGGUUGAGUUCCAGAACAAAUUCUACACUGGGUCCGGCUACAAGUUUACCCCCUUCUCUUUCAAAGAGAUCCUGGAUGGGACAGCAGAUGAGCAGAACUGAAAUGUCGGUGGUAGCUCCCCCACUUCCUGGAUCAAGUCUCAAGUAAACUGACAGAGUCUCUUUAAAAAUCCAUCCUGGGCAGGGAGUUCUAUGGAGUCAUUGUUCUGGACUAAUCUUUCACAUAAAGCUUUGCUUUAUUUGGUAGUUCUUAAGAUCUGUUAGGAUUUAGCCACACCCUAGAGAAAAGAUUUCUGCUCCUGGGCCAAAUGGAGAGAGAGAGGAGGGAGGGGAAAAAAAAGGUCUUUGGACAUAAACAGAGGUCCUAAAUAGUGAAUCAGAUGAACAGGAUGGUAAAGAAACAAGGAAACAGAAGCUUGUUAAUAGAAUAUUUAGAGCAGAAAUGGGGCUUUAGAGAUCACUGAGAUUGACACUACCCUCCUCCCAUUCUACAGAUGCAGAAAUUGAGGCCAAGCAAAGGGAAAAUGGCUUAGCUAGUGGCAGAGCCAGGGCAAUAGAACCUAUAUAUCCUGAGUACCUAGUGAGGGCUGAGGCUAUUCUACCACACCAUCAUCUGUCAA